CAUCAAAAUCUCGCCUUCCCUGACAUUUUACCUUGACAGAAGUCUCUAAUCAUUGUUUGCAGUCGUCUCUUGGGGUGCAGCAAAAACUAAUAGGCAAAAAGAAAUGCUUUGCAAGACAGGAAGCAGGAUCAUCAAGGGAAACGAAGUAACCCGUUUAGAAGAAACCUGUUCAAGGGUACUGUCAUUUUGCAAUUCCAACUCUUUAAAAGAAGGUAUAUCUGUUCACUGUCCUAUAGUAAAACUGGGUCUUCAAGACCAUCUCUAUUUGAACAACAACCUGUUGUCCCUUUACGCCAAAUGUUUGGGAGUGGACAAAGCACGCCACUUUUUCGACGAAAUGCCGUUUAAAGAUGUCGUGUCCUGGAGUGGAAUUCUAUCAGCUUAUGUCAAGAGGGGAAACCAUGAUUGUGCUCUUGAAUUUUUCGAUUCUAUGCUAAUUUCUGGGCAACGCCCGAAUGAGUUUACGCUGUCAAGUGUGCUACGUUCAUGUUCUGCUUUAGGAGAGUUUCAGUAUGGAACUUGUAUUCAAGCUUAUAUGAUAAAGCAAGGGUUUGAGCAGAACCCAAUUUUGGUCAGCGGUUUACUUGAUUUUUACUCCAAGUUUAAUUUUACCGGUGAAGCUUAUAAGUUGUUUAUUUAUGUGGGAAAUCAUGAUACGGUUUCUUGGACAACGAUGAUCUCUUCAUUUGUUCAAGCUCAGAGAUGGAGUAAGGCUUUGUUACUUUAUGUUGAUAUGGUUGAAGCUGGGGUUCCUCCAAAUGAAUUUACUUUUGUGAAACUUUUGGGAGUAUGUAAUGUUCUUGGUUUAAAAUAUGGAAAGUUGGUUCAUGCCCAUAUGUUGUUGCGGGGAGUGAAGUUGAAUGUGGUGGUGAAAACGGCCUUAGUUGAUAUGUACGCAAGAUGUCAAAGGAUGGAAGAUGCUAUAAAGGUCUCAAAUUUGACAUCUGAAUAUGAUACUUUGUUAUGCACAGCUGUUAUUUCUGGGUUUGCUCAAAACUUCAUGUUUCGAAAGGCUAUAGCUGCAUUUCGUGAGAUGAGAAUCUCUGGAAUUUUACCUAAUAAUUUUACGUUUUCAAGCAUACUGAAUGUUUCCUCAUUAAUGUUGUCUCUAGAAUUAGGGGAACAGAUUCACUCAAGGGUGGUAGUGGCUGGUUUGGAGCAUGAUGUUAAUGUUGGAAAUGCACUUGUCACCAUGUAUGUCAAAUGCUCGGAUAAAAUAAAAGAUGCCUUGAGAGUGUUUAGAGGAAUCAGCUUACCCAAUGUCAUUUCUUGGACCUCUUUGAUUGCAGGUUUUGCUGAACAUGGUUUUCAACAAGAUUCUUUUCACUUAUUUAUGGAGAUGCGAGCAGCAGGAGUGCAACCGAAUUCUUUUACCAUCUCUAGUAUUAUUGGGUCCUUCAAUGCAGCAAAAUUGCUUCCUCAGACGUUAAUGCUACAUGGACAUGUUAUUAAAACAAAUUUGUAUAAAGACAUUGCUGUUCAGAAUGCUCUUACAGAUGUUUAUGCUGGAUUGGGGAUGCUAGACGAUGCAUGGCAAGUAGUUCAUAUGAUGAGUCACAGAGAUGCAAUCACAUACACUAGUUUAGCCUCAAGGAUAAAUCAAAUGGGUCACCAUGAGUUGGCAUUGCACAUUAUCACUGAUAUGUAUAAUGAUGAUAUCAAGAUUGAUGCAUUUAGCAUGGCCAGCUUCCUAUCUGCAUCUGCAGACUUGGGCACAUUGGUGACUGGAAAGCAACUUCACUGUCAUUCUAUGAAAUCUGGUUUGGGCAGGUGGGUUUCAGUAGCAAAUGGCCUAGUUGAUUUGUAUGGCAAAUGUGGAUGCAUAUGUGACGCACAAAGAGCUUUUGGGGAGAUAACAGUGCCAGAUAUAUUUUCAUGGAAUGGGUUGAUUUCUGGAUUGGCAUCAAUUGGGUCUAUUUCCUCUGCUCUCUCUGCUUUUGAUGAUAUGAGGUUAGCUGGAGUUAGACCUGAUUCUGUUACGUUCUUGUUAUUGCUCUCAGCUUGCAAUAAUGGUAAAUUAGUUGACCUUGGUCUUGAGUAUUUUCAAUCCAUGAGAGAAGUACAUGAUAUAGUGCCACAGCUGGACCACUAUGUUCACUUAGUUGAUAUACUGGGUCGAGGUGGCCGCCUAGAGGAGGCUAUGGAAGUGGUACAAACUAUGCCCUUCAGAGCAGAUGCUUCCAUAUACAAGACACUACUGCGAGCCUGCAAAGCACAUAGAAAUAUACCUCUGGCAGAGGAUAUGGCAAGACGAGGCCUUGAACUUGACCCAUCCGAUCCAGCAUUCUAUAUACUGCUAGCGAACUUGUACGAUGACUCCGGUAGACAUGACUUUGGUGAGAAGACUCGCAAGCUGAUGAGAGAAAAACAGUUGAGGAAGAAUCCUAGCCAGAGCUGGGUGCAGAUCAGAAACAAAGUUCAUCUCUUUGUAGCAGGUGAAAGAUCACAUCCACAGAUAAAUGAAAUUUAUGAGAAAAUAGAAUCGAUUGACGCUGAGAUUAAGAGUCACAGAUAUCUAUAUCAAGGCAUGGGAAUUGGAGACUCGUACUAUCACAGUGAGAAGUUAGCAGUUGCAUUUGGUCUUCUAAAUACCCCUUCCAAGAUUCCGAUAUAUAUAAUUAAGAAUAAUAGUAUUUGCAGAAAUUGCCAUAACUUUAUAAAUUUUGUAACACAUCUGGUUGAUAAGGAAAUAAUUGUAAGAGAGGGUAACCGCUUACAUUCAUUUAGAAAGGGAGAGUGCUCAUGUAGAGGCUGUUAGUUUUGAAGAACCAUGCACUUUACCCUAUUUUCUGCCCGGUCUCACAGGCAAUGAUCUAAACCUGUUUUUCUA